AGUUUUUAUGGUGCAAAGCACUUUGAACUGCCUUGUUGCUGAAAUGUGCUGUACAACUUGACUUGGUCCGAUUGUAGCAGGUAGUUCAAAAUGGCGUCCUAUAAAAACCAACAAAACCUCUCCUAGUCCCCUUUGCUCAGUUUGCUUAUCUUGCACUUUAUUGUUAUCCCACAUUUCAACUUAAAGCCCUGGUUAGACUCAACGUUUCACAGAGUGAUAGAAAGACUAAGUGUGUUUUGAACAGCUUGUGGUUUCUGGUGACAUGAACACAUCAUUGUGGUCACACCAUCCUACCGCCUCCACCCACCCCCCUCGCUGUUCGUGCUGUGUUUCAGAGAAAACCUUCCGCCUUCUCUCUGUUUAAAGCCGUCUCUCGCAGGCCAACCCUCGACCACAUCCAACAUGCCAGGGCUGCUGCUUGGAGACGAGCUUCCUAAUUUCGAGGUGGAGAGCACUGCUGGGACAGUGAAACUCCACGAAUAUUUUGGUGAUUCGUGGGGUAUCUUGUUCUCGCACCCCAGAGACUACACCCCUGUGUGCACCACGGAGCUGGGUCGAGUCGCCAGGCUGAGCGGCGAGUUCAGCAAGCGCAACGUCAAGCUGAUCGCUCUGUCCGUCGACAACCUGGAGGAUCACCACGGCUGGAGCAAGGACAUCCUGGCUUACAACUAUGAGAAGUCUGAGGGCAGCGAGUUGCCAUAUCCCAUCAUCGCAGACAGCAAGCGGGAGCUGGCAGUCACUCUGGGCAUGCUGGACCCCGUCGAGAAGGACAAAGACGGCAUGCCGGUCACUGCUCGCUGCGUUUUUAUUGUUGGGCCUGACAAAAAGCUGAAACUGUCCCUGCUCUAUCCCCACACCACGGGACGCAGCUUCGAUGAGAUCCUGCGCGUGGUCGACAGCCUCCAGCUCACCGCUCAGAAACGAGUGGCCACGCCCACCGAGUGGAUGCCCGGAGGCUGCGUGAUGGUGCCUCCCAACAUGCCCGAGGACGAGGCCGCCGCUUUGUUCCCGAUCGGCGUCUUCAGCAAGGAGCUGCCGUCUGGGAGGAAGUACCUGCGCUACACUCCAGAUCCACUGGACAGGAAAGGCUGUGAGCCGCCACCGGCUGAACCCGAAUUACCCACGUCUCUGGAAUAACGGGCUUCUCGUGCAAAUCUAUGCGAUGAAUACAAAACGUCUUACCGUAGAAGCAGAGUUGUUCUUAUAUAACUUGUUUGUAAUGGGUUAACAGAAGUAAAUACAUUUUGCUUUCACCUUACACAUUGUUGCGUGCGUUAAAAGGACAGUGGCACUGCAUCCAGUCUGAACUAAUAAUAAAAUAAUAAAAAUCAGCCCA